AUGAUUGAUAGCGCCACAUCCUCAACGAUAAAAGCACAACAAAACCGUCCCGUUCUUCCCUCGGUAGUUGGACUGUUGCAGGCGAAUACCGUAGCUGGUCAGGCAAACUCAUGGCCUUUUGAGAAUACCCUUGUUACGUGUCAAACCUCCUGCGGUUUACUGACGCUGGCAACGUACAAGUGCAGACCAUUUCUAGGUGAAGCAAGACCUCAAGAACCGCAGGAAGAAGUUAGGAAAGUCAAGUGGGGUGCCGUCAAAGCAGUAGACGAAACUGCCAUCAAGGACGGACAAGAGAUUCUAAACGUGAACGACAACGAGCUAUCAUUUAAAGUACACGGCAAAGAGGAGGUGAAUCAACGCUGGCUGGAGAACGUAUUCCUCAUUCCUCAUCAUCGCCAGGCGCCCAUCGAUCUAGACGUGAUCGCUGACAAGGCUUAUUCGCUUAUGAAGAAGGCCAGCGGUCAGGUGCUGAACGAUGCAGAAGUGAUCGAAGCGGGAGUCGGCAGCGGCGAGGAUCGCUUGCCGGUGAGGAAGCGACGCGAUGAACAGGCUGUCGCGCCAACCAUUAUCAUCUGUUCGGUGCUGGUCACGUCCUUCUUCGUCCUGUUGCUGCUCUAUCUGUACCGCAACCGCCGUUACCGCAGUGACAACCGAACGUUCGGCGGCCUGGACACACAGAACCCGUGGCUUGGCAAGUCUUCGAAGGACUACGAGGUGAAAAGUUUGAAAUAG